AAGCAUCAACUCAGAAUCAAUAUUUCAAACAAAGUACUCAGUCCAAAACAAAUCUAAAUUUUAAAAAAUGGCUUUUUUUCUGUGCUUCAUCUUCCUAUUCUUCUCAUCUGCUUCUGCUGCUUGUAACCAAUGUGUCUUAGCAAAAGCUGCUUUCUUUGCUAGCACCGAAGGUCUUUCAGGUGGAGCUUGUGGGUAUGGUGCUUUAUAUGGUGGACAUGUUGCAGCUGCUCUUCCUUCACUAUACAAGAAUGGUGAAGGUUGUGGUGCUUGCUAUCGGAUAAGAUGCAAGAAGAGAGAACUUUGCAGUAGAAAAGGGACAACAAUAGUUGUAACUGAUAUCCACAAUGAUAAGAGCAACACCACUGAUUUUGUGUUAAGUAUCAGAGCGUUUAGAGCCAUGGCCUUACUUGACAGGGACAAACAACUAUUACAACAUGGAAUUGCUGAUAUCGAAUAUAAGAGGGUGCCUUGUAAUUACCAUGGUAAAAACUUGUCUCUCCGGGUAGAAGAGUUCAGUAAACCUCCCAACUAUUUGGCAAUCAAAGUCCUCUACCAAGGUGGUCAAACCAGUAUCUUAGGAGGUGAUGUGGCUUCGGUUGAUCAACCAAGUUCUUGGGUUUCGUUGACCCGAAAUUAUGGGGCAGUUUGGGACACAAACAAUGCCCCAACCGGGAAGCUGAUGUUCAGGUUUAUGAUUGGCUCAGGCUUCGAUACUCGCUACUUCCAAGCCAAUGAAGUUCUUCCCGCAAACUGGAAGCUUGGUGUUAUAUAUAACUCUACUGAGCAAAUCAGUGAUGUUGCUUUAGAUGGUUGCACUCCUUGUAAACCCUGGAAAUAAACCAAGCUGGUUUGAUCGCCUCAAAUUGGUUCCAUUAAAAAUGUGUUGCUGAUGAGUAAUGAAAUGUCUUAGAUUUUGAAAUGAAGUUAUCUUUACUAGACAAUGAAUUGUAGUACAUAUAUCUAGAGGCUAAUCAGCCUUAAAAAAAAUGAGUAAUUGCCUUUAGUUGCAAUUGAGGAUGUCUAUAAUUAAAGGUUAUCCAAGUUCUAGGUCAAGUCAUGCAUAGUUGUAUUAGAUAUUCCGUCCAUUCGACAGUUGAUCAAUGGUCAUUAAUGAAGGAAUCCUUUCAAAAUUAUCAUA